AUGACUGACUACAAAUCGCCCUCUGGACCACCUCCAAACUGGCAAAACCAACAAUCCGGCUCGAACGCCGACUUCUACAAUGAGACACCCACCACCAGAGGUGUGCCUCAGGGAAAUUACUACCAACAACAGCCUCAACAGGGCUACUACCAACAGGGUCCUCCCCAAGGUGGAUACUACCAGCAACAACAACCAAUGUACUACCAACAACAACAGCAGCCUGUUUAUGUUCAACAACAGCAGCCUGCUCAGGGUAACAAUGCGGAUUGUCUGACGGCCUGUUUGGCGGGUAUGUGUCUUUGCUGCACAUUGGAUGCGAUCUUCUGA